GGAGCGUUCACCGCAAGUUCACCAUCUGCAGCCUGCAGAACUUGUGCAGUACUACUGUAAGCUACCUACACCAUCGGAGACUGCCGUGUCUCUAGCGCACUGCUUCUUGCCAGUGGUGGACGUGUUGGAUGCUGCGGCGUAGUGCGGUGAUUAACAACCACUUUUGUUGCAAUCAUACCAGGGACAUAUCAGUCAACGAGAAGCACUCCUCCAGUAGCUGCUCGGGCAAAUCCAUCUGUUGGAAGUACUCGUCCCUAACAGAAACUAGUCUCUCAGAUUUGGGGCUGUGUACAUCCGGACAUCAUAUAUGCGCCCAAGGACUAUGCCAGCGUUCAACUUCCUUGCCUCCCACAUCAUCGCUUCCUCUUCGUGCUUCCCGCACCGAAAAGCAUGCCGUUUCCCAUCGCCGAAGCACAGUUGGCAGCGUUGUUUAUGCAGAGCAUAGCGUACGGCAUACACGUCGUCACGUUCGCAGCGUGCAUGUACGCCUGGUUUUGGCGCCAUCGGACGUUGCGAGCUUCAAAUCGUUGGCCAUGGAUGGUGGUAGCCAUUGCCUUGUUUAUCUUCGGCACCAUAGACGUAUGCUUCAAUUUCUACCACAACCUUGUGGCUUUUGUAUUCUUCACGGGACCUGGUGGAGCAAACGCCGAAUUCGAGGAUAUCUCGAACUGGAUCAAUGUUAUGCGGAGUGUUUGGUGGUAUCUUCAAGCCUUGAUUUCCGACGCAGCUUUGAUAUAUCGAUGCUGGAUCAUCUACCAACGAUUAUUGGUCGUCUUGCUUCUACCGGUGCUUCUCUGGGUCGCAGCAGCAGUCUGUGCUGCGUUGGCAGUGUACUACAUGUUCGAGCUCAAGCAAGCCACAACAAUACCCUCCGCAAAAAAGAUACAACCUUACUAUCAUACUGUCUUCGCCACGUCAUUAGCCGUCAACAUCAUCACUACUGGACUGAUGGUAUACCGCAUCUGGUCCAUGCAGAAGCUCUCGUCAGGGCUCUUCACGAAGACCUGGAGAGGCAGUGGCAGGGUCAAUUUGUCACAAGUGAAUAGGAUCUUCGUCGAGUCGGCUCUUUUAUACACGCUCUCAGUCGCCAUUACACUGGUUACCGAACUAGCUAAGACGAAUGGGAACUACGGGACAUCGGACAUGAGCUUGGAGCUGGCUGGCGUAUCUUUUGACUUGAUUAUCAUUCGUAUUUGGAGCGGGGUUUCCACGGAACCAACGGCGCCGGAAUUUGCCCCAACUCUUGACUUCGCCGAUCGUGAGGCUACACCUAGCAAGGCAGACAACAGGCAACGCCGGACAGACUCGCUGGGUACGGUAACGAGAGAUGUGACGGAACUGAGUAUAGAGCAUGCAGGGACCGAUUGGACUGAAUAUCCAUCUAGUGGUACGUGUUGAUUUUCAAAUGUGCAUGCGCUAAUGGACAAGCGUGGCUCACAGGGAGUAGCCUUGGCGGCACCGUAUGUUAGUUGAAAGGUCUAUUAAUGCUCCCAAUUGUCUUCUUGAUGCGAGGCUGGUUUUCACUCAAGUUAGAUGUACUCUUUAUGACGAUUUCAUGGACUCCUGCCGGGAACGCAUGCUGGAGUGAGCGGCCUGAGGCUACUUAAGA